UCGAGGCAGAUAUUUCUAAAUUUAGGCACGUAUUCCGGGACAUAUAUUUUACUUCUUGAGCGCCAGAGCACGGAAUAUACAAGGGAAAAUACAGAAGGGGUACAAUCUAACAAGACGGAGCAACAUGAUAAAGAGGAGUUUGUAAGGAAGCUCAUUGGUGGUCAGCAGCGCCUCAUCAUAAGCAAGUCAAUUUAUUUUCGAUAUGAUUAUCCGAUUUGUGUUGAAUCUCACCUAAUUCUGCAUUCUGAAGCUGGAUAUCGCCAUAAUUUAUUCUACUUUGACAAGAAAAAGAAAGAGCAAAAGAUACAGGGGAAGCGAAUAGAACGAAAUACCUACAUGCAUCUGAGAGCAAGAAAGAAGGUGCCGCUAUUGGUGGUCAACGCUUUCAUGGGUGAUAAUAAAACGGACCCUAAAGUAUCUGGACGUUUUGACAUUUUUUUCGCCAACAAAAUUUGCUUCGUCGUUGGUACGCACCAAGGUGCAGCCUCGAAAAUGGAAGGCUACAUUGACAACAGACCCGCAGGAGAUUCAGCAUGCUUACUUUGGAGGAGAGAUAUUGUUCCAAAAGAAGAGCGAGCGCCCUGCAGAGUCGCAUUCAAUAAGUUCUGCCGUAAAUUUCAAGGAUACAGAUUUACCUACACAAAAGAAGCUUGUGGUGUCGCAAACAACCCAAAUGAAUACUUUACUACUCCCCAAAAGGUGAACUGAAUAAAAAAUCUGCCUUUAAGACAAAUGUAA